AUGAGUGCCACAGGUUUCGGUAUCUGUGGGCAGAAGAACUCGUACAGCUCAAAGACAAAAUGCGGAAACUGGGUUGAGGAUAGGAUCGGGAAGGCCAUAGCCAAAAGGCUGGCGAAAGCUCCCCGGCCGGCCCUUGGCUCGACCGUGGAGCGCGAGGACUUCGUCCACCCAAGCACAAUGACGAACAACACGGUGGUGUCGGGAGACGACACGAAGAUGAUGUCUGCGUCGGAUAUCAAGGACAAGAAUCGCGAGGGCGUUUCUUUCGACUUGCUCUUCGGUCACGUCCGAGACAGCCAUCACGCGGAUACCCUGCGGCAGGACCGCUUCCUUACUAAUGCCUGGGAGUCGUUCCCGGUGACGAGUGUCAUGUCUUCUCAGGUCCGAGAGCGCUCUGCUCGCGCCCGCGACUUUCGCACCCGCCAGCGCCUCGCGGAGAUGGCCCGCGACCGCCGGCAGUCGCAGACGUUGACAACAACGGCAAGGCUGCAGAGCUCCCGGGCAUAG